CAAAGGCAAACAGAAUUUCAGUUGACUCGAACCGCACGAGUCGCGAGGAAGCAAAACUAUAGAACGCUGAAAAACCCUCAAAAAAGUGAAAAUCGUUAGACUUCGCCUUAGGCCCCGACAUAUAGAAAUCACCAACCGACAUAAUGGCUGCCACCGAUAUCGCCGAGGAGGCCUUUAACUUGCGUCUGGGCUAUCUGAAGCCGGAGACCGUGGAAAUCGCCAGGGUGGAGCUGCGGGAAACCGAGGAGGUCAAGGCGGCGGCCAUCAUCCAGCUGCGGGAGCUGCUCAAGGCCACGCCCGAGCUGAACUACAAGGACGACGACGCCUUCCUCACAGUCUUCCUGCGCGCCUGCCACUUUUACCCCGAGGGAGCCUUGGAGAAGAUGAAAACCACCGCCACCUUCCGCAAGGAGUAUGCCUCCCUGGUCCGAGGACUUUUGGUGGAGGAGGUCAAGGAGAAGUUCGUGAAGGGCAGUGUGAUCAAUGUGCUGAAGAACUGCGAUCAGAAGGGUCGCCGAGUGCUGAUCGUGAACUGCGGCAAGCUUUGGGAUCCCAGCGAGAUCACCAGCGAUGAGAUGUUCCGAAUGCUCUACAUGGUCCACCUGGCCGCCCAGUUAGAGGAGGAGACCCAGGUGAGGGGCGUGGUCUGCAUCAUGGACUUCGAGGGUCUGGGCAUGAAGCAGGUGAAAGCCCUGUCGCCGAGUUUCUCCAAGCGACUGCUCACAUUCAUCCAGGAGGCGAUGCCACUCCGCAUGAAGGAGGUGCACUUCGUCAAGCAGCCCUUCAUUUUCAACAUGGUCUGGACCCUCUUUAAGCCCUUCGUCAAGGAGAAGCUGAACAGUAGGAUGCACUUCCACGGCAGUGACAUGAAGUCGCUUCAGAAGUUCCUCGACCCAUCCAUCCUGCCCGCCAACUACAAGGGCACCUUGCCCGCGAUCAACUACGGUGGCGUCGAGUGGUUCCCCGCCCUGGAGAAGCAGGCGGAGUACGUGGCCGAGUGGAGCCAGUUGGGCCCCGCCCAGUGGUGAUUCCCCAUUCCAACGCCCCACAAACACCCACAUCCUACUGACAUUAGCUUAACUUUAUGCUUGUAAAUACUUUCAACUUGUGUUUGCUUAGUUCGUAACAUUUUGGCAAUAAACUAGUUACAUAAUACUAUAAAACCACUUAGAAAA